AUGGACUCGAACGGCUCGGGGCUUCUGGAGAGGUCUCAGCUGAUCCAGGCCCUGCUGAACUUCGGCAUCGACGUGGACGACGGUCCGGGCGGAGACAUCGAGAAGAUCAUGGGGUUCUUCGAUCGCGACGUGGUGGGCCGCAUCAUCAUCCACGAGUUCCACAGAGGGCUGCGGGGAAACAUGCCGAAGAGGCGCCAGCUUGUGGUGAAAGGCGCGUACGAGCGUCUGUCUGCAAACUUCGGUGGUUCCGUGACGAUGGAUGUCAUCCACAGGUGCUACGACCCCGCAUCACACCCCGACGUGGCUAGCGGAAGACUAAGUCCCGACGAAGCCUUUGACGAUGUAGCGUCCGCUUUGCGUCGUAGGGACGACGACAGCAGCAGCAACAAAAACAGCCAACAGAUGGCGGUGCUCUUCUGCGACUUCAUGGACUACUUCCGAGACCUCUCGGCGGCGAUCGAGAACGACGACUACUUCCAGGCGGUCACGCUCAACGCGUGGGUACUGCCGGCCCAAGAAUGCCCGGCAACUGGCUACGACGACGGCAACAACACCGGCAGCUGCCGAGCGCUCGUCACGCACUCGGACGGCGUCCUAGAGAUCGAAAACGGUCGAGGCAUCGGGGUAGAGGACCACGACCUCAUGCGCAAGCGGCUGGAAGAGCAGGGGGUGCAAGACAUUGCAUCUGUUUCCCUGCACGAACAAUAAUAAAACGAAAGCGCCCAUGACGUGCUUGGCGAAACCAGCAAAUCGACUGCAUCCGCCCUGGCCUCGGAGGAGAAGUCGUCCUGCCUUUCCCCUUCCUCUAUCACCGCGCGAAACAAUUGGGCGAGGUCGAGGAUUGGCAUGCACCUUCGAGAACAUCAAUUAAGAACAUGCGCUUUUGGUCAGCAGGC